CAAAUUGUAAACAUUUUGUGUUGAUUUUGUGCUUCAGCCUUGUACAUUCCUCCCUACCUGCUGCUCUUCAACUCCGACUUUGUACGAAUUACCAAGUGAACGCUGUCAUGGGAGCGCGGUGCCCGGCCAGAUGAUGUAUUUGCAUAAUGAAGAGCUUUGGCCAGGGAGGUUUUAGCAGCAGUGAAGGAGGGCGGGGUGUGGAGGACACGCUCUGUAAUUGAGGAGCAAAGGUGAUUGUUUCUGCUUCUCAAUCUGCGCGGGAGCUUCUCGGCUGCAAAAGGCAGAACUGUUAGGAAGCAUCUCUCACCUGGUCGUCAGGGAGAAGCAAACAGGGGAGGCUUUCAGGAGCAGCACUGGGAAGAUGGAUAUUAAGAGCAUGAAGAGCUAUCUGUAUUGGCUGUACUGCCAGUUCGAACUCAUCACCUGCAGCUAUCUCAUGGAGCCCUGGGAAAAACUGCUCUUCUACACUUUCAACAUUUCCAUGUUAGUUAUGGUAUUGUACACCGCCUACAUCUUUGUCCCUGUCCACCUUAGCACGGCUUUUCAGUUCUUCUGGCACUUAUUUGGAAACCAGCAAGAAAACACAGUUUCUAUCGUGAAGUAACACGGCCAACCUGACGCUGACUUUUGGAUCAAAUAAGUGUUUUCUCAACACUCUGGUUUUGUUUAGAAACAGGUUCAGGGUGUGUGCAAACACUGUUUUAUUCUGCACUAUCUCUUAAUGCUCUUCUGUAUCCUGGGAAUCUCUGACAGCAACUUAUUUUGCCAAAACAAUUCAAUCAGUCCUUGUUUUUUGAUCAUUUGACCGUCUUCUUAAAGAGCUGUCAAUUUUAAAGACUGGCUGGAGUUAGCAAGCUGGGUUUGGGACAGAAUCAACCAUGCUGCACAUUUUGUUAUUCCAGGGACACCUGCUUGGAUAUGGAGAGUUUUCACCUUGAGAAAUGAUAGGGCACGCGUUUGUUCUUGCCUGCCAUAGCUUUGCUGACAGGAGAGACGUGUACGUGAAAGGUUUUGCACAAUACUUUGCAAAUAUAGGCUGCUUCUCUAAGCUUGGUAUGUGUGUACUUACAGGAUGCUUUGAUUAUUUAUUUAGUUUGCCUCAAUGAUUUAAUCCAAUGAAUUACUUAACUGGUUCACCAUCAUGAAGCAAUACAGUUGAUUGAUUAAAAAUGUGGGGAUUUGCUUCCCUGAAAAUUGAUAAUGAAA